CUCCACAAUAUCGCCACUUGUUAUUGCGAAACCCAAAACCCAAUUGACUCGGCUCUCAUGGCUUAUCUCGCAAUCGCUCCUCGGUUACAGGGACAAUGUCCUGCCACCAACACUCACCAAAUUUCGCUUGGUAUGAUACUUCCUCCCUCCUUUGUUUCUACGGAAAUUCCCGAGAUUAGUGGUUUCCCGUUUUCCCUUUACUUGGGACCACAUGUUUUGCCACACGAAGUUCGCAGAUGAGUACUUGGUUUCCGAGUACGAUUGGGCGAUGUGUGCCAAUAUGGUCUGGGAUUCUUCCUUCUUUACAGAAUAUCGAAGGUACAUCUGCCGGCCAAUUAUUGUACGGUCAGGGGAGGUUCGGCCCGCCCACGUUUUGAGGCUCGGUUGGGAUUUCCUUUGCCGGAGGGGCAUUGUGUGACUGACUAUGGGACACAGCGGAUUUGGCCCUUCCAUUACGCCCGGUUGUGCUGCUUCUGCCAUGACAGGGCCGGGGAGGCCAGAACACAAAUGACAUAAUGUUAGAAGAGGGCCUGUUGGGCAGGUCAAUGGACCUGGUUCAGAACAGGUGUGACGAAGAUAGCGUGCUCUAGGGCUCACUUGAGGAAUUGCUUUGCGAGGUAUCUUGGAUACAGAGCUUGGAACACUGGGGCUUGGGUAGAAUUUCCUUUUACCUAUUUGGCAGCUAGUCGCUUCCAAGGCGACUCACUCGGAAAACCGUGGGGAUGGUGGAGAGUUGAGAUCGUAUCUUUUUGGAUUUGUUGAGGGGGAUCCUGAGGAUCCUAGUGACCCAUACCAUUGCCCUGUAAUCAGCAUUUUGGUAUGAUAUAUAUAUCCCCUCAACAUUUGGUUAGCACCGCGCGCGGACUAACGCUCCAGUAGCAUUUAUUGAACCAGCAGUACAUGGGUUCCGCGCAUGCCCGUUUCCCAAUCCCCGCGGACCCUGCAGACCCUCUAACAAACAAGGUUCCGAAAAUUCUCUGUUUUCAUCAUUCUAUAUCCAAGACUUUUGGGGAGAAUAUAAUCUUUCUCCUUCAUGGUGCAAGUGAUCGUGUUGCAUGAUAGGAACUAUUGCUUGACAGAGACGCACCAUUAGGGGGGGCUGCAAAUGACACUGUCUUGCGCUCGUUAAUGAAUACUAAAUCCUCUGUGCCUCCUCUUUACUACAAGUGAAAAAUAUCAAUACCGUUGCGCAAAGAACAUCAAGGUUUUGAUAGACGUAAUGAUCCGCAACCUCUGCGACCUUCCGGACUAGUCUGAGCAGGCAACCGUUCCCUCUGAUCAGUACCCAGUCUCUCGAAAAGUGCAGGAGGAUGGUGUAAAACCAGGUCCGGGCGGGGGGGUCGACCUAUGCGUUCUACGCCUACUCCUAGAACACACCCAACUCCCCCGCCAACACACUGGAACUACGACCGAGUCCUCAAUCUCCAGAAAUGUUUGAGCGGCGUGCGAAGAAACCACUUUCACCUUGUCGACUAAACAACCACCCGUCCCGCCACGGGUUCAGGAAUUAUCGCAUGGCAUAGAUCACCGCACGGGGAGAACAUGCACAGCAGGAACCCUAGAAUUAAGCCUCGCACAUCAAGGUCAAAGCUCUGUCGGUUUGAUGAAGGUGGCCUCCAAAGCGGAGCAGCCAGGAGUCCUCACACGGCCCCGGGGAUUGGGCACUGGGGGAACUGGUUUA